UGUUAAACAAAAGGGAAAACCUGUGAACUUUAUGAAAACCAGAAGCUUUUACCUAAAGUGGGUGCUACAUGCUGCUCACCCCAUCUUUAACCAAUACUGCCGCGGGUGGACUUCGCAAAGACUAGUUUGAAACGAUCAGACAAAGGCAGCAGGAAACUGUUGGUCUGCAUAAGCCAGAAACGCAAAACUGUAGCGCGUGAUUAAAAGUGUGCGCGACACCGGAAAGAAUCGAGAGCUGGUUCAAACGGUUUUGCUGCUUUACCGAACAUUUUCCGUUUCUGGAAUCUGAUUAUGUAAAUUAAUUACAUCCCACGAUUGGCUGAAAUGGAACUAGAUAAUCAACCUUAAGAAUGCCUAUAGUGGGGUAACAGGAAUACUUGAGGUCGAUGUCUCAACAGGCCUAAGAACAACAGAGAGAAACUGGAGUAAAAACAACUAACUGUUUAGUGUUUCACUGGGUUAAGUGGAUCAAGAAGACAUCUGUGAAGGCAGCGUUUUGUGCUGUAGUGGCCACUAUUCAAUAAUUACAAGACCGGGGCCGUCGUUCUGCUCACCAGGGGCGGGGGAGGCUGUGGGCCAGGCCGGGCCCCGUUCUGUCCCCUCCCCCACCCAGCAUGGAGACUCACAUCUCGUGCCUGUUCCCAGAGCUCCUCGCUAUGAUUUUUAGUUAUCUGGAAGUACGGGACAAAGGUAGAGCGGCGCAGGUAUGUGUGGCCUGGCGGGAUGCUGCCUACCACAAAUCCGUGUGGCGAGGUGUGGAAGCUAAACUGCAUCUCCGGCGUGCAAACCCGUCGCUGUUCCCAAGUCUGCAGGCCCGGGGAAUCAGACGCGUUCAGAUCCUGAGUUUACGCCGCAGUUUGAGCUACGUGAUUCAGGGUUUACCAAGCAUCGAAAGCCUGAACCUCAGCGGCUGUUACAACCUAACAGACAACGGAUUGGGCCACGCCUUCGUGCAGGAGAUCGACUCUUUACGGUCACUUAAUCUUAGCCUCUGCAAGCAGAUCACCGAUAGUAGCUUGGGUCGCAUCGCGCAGUAUCUCAAGAAUUUAGAAGUGCUUGAGUUGGGAGGUUGCAGCAACAUAACAAACACGGGGCUGCUGCUUAUUGCAUGGGGUUUGCAGCGCCUUCGCAGCCUCAAUCUUCGCAGCUGCCGUCAUGUCUCGGAUGUGGGUAUUGGGCACUUGGCAGGCAUGACUCGCAGUGCUGCCGAGGGUUGCCUUAGCCUUGAGCACCUCACGCUCCAAGACUGUCAGAAGCUCACUGACCUGGCCCUGAAGCACCUUUCCAAGGGACUGACACGCCUACGUGUGCUUAAUCUUAGCUUUUGUGGUGGUAUUUCAGAUGUUGGUUUACUUCACCUGUCGCACAUGAAUAGUCUGAGUAGUCUAAAUCUUAGAUCGUGUGAUAACAUCAGUGACACUGGCAUCAUGCACCUGGCAAUGGGCACCCUGCGUCUCUCUGGACUAGAUGUAUCCUUCUGUGACAGAAUAGGUGACCAGAGUCUGGCUUACAUUGCACAAGGGCUUGAUGGUCUCAAAUCACUUUCCUUGUGCUCGUGCCAUAUUAGUGAUGAUGGUCUUAAUCGUAUGGUACGGCAGAUGCAUGGACUACGUACUCUUAAUAUUGGCCAGUGUGUUCGUAUAACAGAUAAGGGACUUGAACUUAUUGCUGAUCAUCUGAGCCAGCUGACUGGUAUUGAUUUGUAUGGCUGCACACGCAUCACAAAACGGGGCCUCGAGCGCAUCACACAGCUGCCUUGCCUUAAGGUGCUCAAUUUAGGACUCUGGCAGAUGACUGAGAGUGAGAAGGUGAGGUGAGGCGUAAAUGCUUAUGGCGUUCCAGACUUGCACAUCCACCUACUUGUCCUUUCUAAGUAAGCAAGUGAGACUAGACUGAGCUGUAUUUUUUUGGGGGUGGGGGGCAGACUCCUUUUACAUUUAUGUUCAACUCCUAGAUUUGAUUCUGGGGACUUGCAGUUUACUUGGGUGAAGAGAGUAUUAAGUGAAGAGAAUAUUUGAUCUAGCAUUCGCAUAUGCAAGCUCAGGAAGGACGGGGUUAUGUAUUCUGCAUUCUCAAACCUGGGACUGAUUUUGCUUGGCAAGCUGUUUGAGGGUUGCAACACAAUCUCCGAUAUUCUAGAUUUACCCAUAUGGAUAUGGAGACUGUUGAUAUACCAUUAUUUUGUUUUAAAGUUUAACAUGUCGGUGGGAACUUGUCUACCUCGUUUUAAUGUUACUCUUUAAAAGCAAUCCUGUGGGGGGGGGGGGGGGUGAUGGGCAUGUCAUUCAGGACUGAAAAUAAGCUGCCUGUUCCUUUAGGUGUCUUGUUCUCUAUUUCUGUUGACAGGGAGUUAGUUUAGCUUCCAUUUUGCAUCCAUUCACGAGCAUCAAACUAGGAGGGAGGCAGUGCUGUGUCCGGGCUCUCUGCAGUUGUGUAUCACUUGGUUUUCUUACAUUAAAAGCAUUACGGCAUAUUUACUCGUACCUGUCUCUAACGUACUGUCACGUUUCCUACCAACCCACAUUGUGAGCAAACACAAGAGUUUAUCACCUUGACUUGUAGACACUGGAUAGCAGCCGACAGCUUGCGAAGGACUUCAAAAAUAUGCAAAUUUAAAAGCUGUGGAUGACAUAGGAACUUGGGUGGUAUAUUCCCAGCUUUUUUGAGGGGGGGGGUCUAAAAGUUGCUGUUAGGAAAAAAUAGCAAGAAAGCAUUAUGCAGAUUGGUUUGAAUGCAUCUAUUUGAAUGUGCUGCUGAAGAAACACUUUGGAGCAGCAUUCUCACUAACAGAGGUCUUAUAUACAUUGAUUGUACUGUAUGUGAAUUUGUACAAAAAGAAACAAUGACAAAACUGCUUAAACAUUUUAUAUUCUUAUAGUAAAAGUUAAAAACUGAUAUUUA